AUGACUGUUGAGGAUUGGAAAAAGGUUGUAUGGUUGGACAAGACAAAGAUCAACUUUUUUGGACCAGAUGGUAAGCAGUUCUGUUGGGUUAAGAACACUGACUUCAACAGUAAGCUUGUCAGGCCUACAGCCAAGUUUGGCAGCAGCUCCAUCAUUAUCUGGGGCUGUAUGAUGUGGGAAGGGGUGGGAGGUAUGCACUUGGUGCUGGGUAUAAUGGAUUCAGACCAGUACAUCAAGAACCUGAAUGACAAGCUUGUCAAAACAAUCUUGGAUUUGCACCUCCAGCAUGGAUAUACUGAUAUCAUUUUUCAGCAAGACAAUGACCCUAAACACAUGUCCAAGAAGACUACAAAGUGGUUGACAAGCAAUAACAUCAAGGUUAUGGAAUGGCCAGCACAGUUGCCUGACUUAAACCCAAUUGAACACCUCUGGCAGCAUCUCAAAAUGUGA